UCUUACCCCUGGUCAACACGCUUUAUUCAUAUCCGAGUUCUAUAGCCAUCUUCUUCAUUUAGACGUAAACAAAAGUUAUAAAAUCAUCACGGGGAGAUAUAAAUUGUUGGUGUUCUAAAUUAUACGAUAAAUCCAACAAUUCUUUAACAAAGUUACAAAAAGCAUUCAACAUAUUAUUCUGAUGGGCUCUGGAAAUUAAGCAUGACAACAAAGCCCAAAAGCUUUCUUCAAGCCUUCAUCAACCCUUUUAAAUUUCACUCCAAAAAAGAAAAAGAAGGAGAUUUAGAGACACUUGCUGCCCAAGAACAGCAGAAACAAUUCAGCUUUGAUACGCUAGUUGCUGCUACCAAUAAUUUUCAUCCGAGUAAUAAGCUUGGGCAAGGGGGAUUUGGCCCUGUUUUUAAGGGGAAGUUGGAAGAUGGGAGGGAGAUUGCUGUAAAGAAGCUUUCACAAAACUCGUCCCAAGGGAAGAAGGAAUUUAUGAAUGAGGCCAAGUUGUUGAUGCAAGUUCAACAUCGAAAUGUUGUUACCUUGCUGGGGUAUUGCGCUUAUGGUGUGGAGAAGCUACUCGUGUAUGAAUAUGUAGCUAAUGAGAGUGUCGACAAGCUUCUCUUCAAAUCUGGAAGUCGGGGAGAAUAUGAUUGGAAGAAGAGGUAUGCCACUAUUAGAGGUGUUGCUCGGGGUUUGCUUUACCUACAUGAAGAUGCGCACACUUGCAUCAUCCAUCGGGAUAUUAAAGCGAGCAACAUUCUGCUAGAUGAUAGGUGGAUACCAAAGAUUGCUGACUUUGGCAUGGCAAGACUCUAUCCCGAAGAUGAAACUCAUGUUCACACCCGUGUGGCUGGUACCAGUGGGUACAUGGCUCCAGAAUAUGUCAUGCAUGGCAAUCUAUCUAUCAAGGCAGAUGUCUAUAGUUUUGGUGUUUUACUCUUGGAAAUCAUCAGCGGUCAGAAGAAUUCAAAUUUCAACUUAGAUCCUGAUUGCCAGAGUUUACUUGAUUGGGCUUACAAAUUUUACAAGAGAGACCAAGUUCUGGAGAUUGUAGACAAAAAAUUGGCCUCUUCAGUGGUUCCUGAUCAGGCAGCAUUGUGCAUACAAAUAGGAUUGUUGUGCACACAGUCCGAUCCACAGUUACGUCCCACCAUGGGCCGGGUAGUAAUAAUGCUGUCAAAGAAACUAGGAUCACUUGAAGUGCCAUCAAGACCGGGAUAUGUUGGUGCACGGUAUAGAAGUUCUCACAGGGGUAAUACUUCAUCUUCUACUGCUGGUAUCAGUAAUAAAUCUAGUUCUCAAACUUCUUGUUUAACCAACAAUACCAGCAGUGCCUCUGCAUCAGCUACCGCAAGUGCCUCUGCAACUGCAAGCACAUCAACUCUUACAAAUGAUAGACCAGUAAACCAUCGCGGUAAGCGACCCAUGCAAGGAUAGGAUCAUCUAUUGAAAUUUUAUUUUAUUCUUUGUGUAAAUUAUGUAUCUAUGUUAUUGCAAUGCAAAUUUUCGGCAAAAAUGACUUGCUAGUAUUUGUAGAGGCCAGUUCUUGCAAUCCUAUGCAUCACAGGAAAUAGAACAAUAAUUUAACAGCUUUCA